CCCUACACUCCUCAGCCCUGCUGCUGUCAGCUCUCUGCGCUCUCUUUGGCUGUUUACAACAUCAAUGGCGGAAGUCUCCUCAUUCAUUCCAGGUGAGUCGGCUGAUUGAAGACGGGCUCCUGUGGAUCCUGGCCAUGGAUGAAGAGUUGACGCCUUUGGACUGCCUGCUGCCCUCAGGCACGCAGAGGAUCUGUCUGAUCAUUCUGAACCAGCCUCUGGACAAGGACUACCUACGUAUCCUCUGGAGUAAAGCUCUCCUGAGGGCUUGUGCUGAUGGAGCUGCCAAUCACCUUUAUAACAUCACUGCUGGAGUUAGAGACAGCUUUCUCCCCGACUAUAUCAGUGGGGAUUUUGAUUCCAUUACUGCCGAGGUCAAAGCGUUCUAUGCAGACAAGGGGUGCAAGCUAAUAGAAACAGCUGACCAGGAUCUAACAGACUUCACCAAGUGCCUUGCAAUUAUGCUGGAGGAGAUUCAGAGACGAAAGUUACAGGUGGAUGCCAUAGUGACACUGGGAGGUCUGGCUGGCAGAUUUGACCAGACAAUGGCAUCAGUUGAGACCCUCUUCCACGCUUUGACCAUGACACGACUCCCCCUGUUGAUCUUACAGGAGACCAGCCUGGCAUACCUGCUCCGUCCCGGCAGCCACAGACUGGAGGUGAACACAGGCCUGGAGGGUGAUUGGUGCAGUCUCAUUCCAGUAGGUGGACCCUGCCAAACAAUCACGACUGGACUGAAAUGGAACCUGAUUGUGCAUUCCAUUGCCCUUGCUCUACCCUGCGGAAAAUGAGUGGCAGCGGACCGCCCACAGCAAAUAACCACUGUAACAUUAAUCUGACGUAAAGGGAUGUCAUUGAGUCUCCGCAGCCAUGAAAGCACAAGAGGAGUUACCCACUGGAAACCACUGACAUGCUCAGCUCUGGCACAGCAACUUUCAGAUCACGCUGUGCUUGUGUGUGUAUGUGUGUGCAUGUGCGGAUGUUUAACCACAUCAACAGUUAUUUGGAGGUUGGGGUAUGCUCUGCACUCUCUCUAGCAUUAUGGAUUUAUUUACACUGAUUAUAAUGUUUAGCAGCGUUUGGCAUUAAAUCUUGCAGAGCUGGAGAUAUAUUCAGCUCGGCAAUCCUCAUACACACACUGAUAUUGCAUUUUGAAGUCACUAAGUACAGUAGUUGGAACGUUAAGAACCUUUAUUAUUUUUCGCAUUUUUCAUCCCUUUUUAGAAACAACUGUGGCAAACACCUAAAGUCAAGGUCAUUUUCACAUCACUGCGUCAUGUUUUAUUUUUCCUGUGACGCCUAUCCGUGAGGGUGAUCAGACACAAGCAUCCAUAGGUGCAAUAAGCACAUAGCAAAGCUCCUCUAUUACCCUCUGCAAACAAUUAAUGACACCUUAUCCUGCUGCCAAACACACACGUACACACAGAUUAAAGAUAAUGAGAGGCUUAUUCAAAGCAUGCCAGGAAGGAGCUAUACAUUUAGCCUACUAAAGCCUUCUGUUAUUUAUAAUACAACAUAUUAAACUGCCUAAUAAAUGAACCCUGUUUCAUCAGUCCACUAACAAGUAAAGGUGUCAGUUAAAGGUUAAGCUGGUUGUUGUAUGUUAAUGCAGAGUGUAUGUUUGUGGAACUGCCCUCAUAAAGGUAUAAUAACAGCACUGUGGAAGUUUUAAGCA